AUGGCAUACAAAAGCAUGACAAAGGGUAUAGAGGCCAUAUCCAGCUUUAACAGAAGAGCUCCCAUGGUUGAAUUUCAGGUUUUUUGUCCACAUAUCAAUGGAGUACUUGUUCACAUUUUGGACCUGUUACAUGCUCUACAAGGANAAUCCUACGAGGGACCCUUAGUAUAUUCUUAUCAUCGCAUCAUUUUCGUACUAGUCAGGAACGUGCCACAUGUUUCUGGGCGCUCAAUAUCAGAUAGUCUUGAACACUUCUUUCAAACAAACCACCCAGAUCACUACCUUUGUCACCAGGCUGUCUACAAUGCAAACAAGUUUGCAAAACUCGUUAGAAAAAGAAAUAGGCUCCAAAAUUGGCUGGACUACAACCAACUUAAGUUAGAAAGACAUCCAGACAAAAGGCCCACCAAAAAGAAAGGCUUCCUUGGGCUUUGGGGUGAAAGAGUUGAUUCUAUCGACUUCUAUAAACAACAGAUUAAAGAAUUUGAUAAAAGGUUGACGAUGGAACGCCAGGGAAUUCUCCAAGACCCAAAAUCUAUAAUUUCAGCUGCCUUUGUAUCAUUUAAUUCUCGAUGGGGGNAACGCCAGGGAAUUCUCAAAGACCCAAAAUCUAUAAUUUCAGCUGCCUUUGUAUCAUUUAAUUCUCGAUGGGGGGCUGCUGUUUGUGCACAGACACAACAAAGCCAGAAUCCGACUCUCUGGCUAACAAAUUGGGCCCCCGAACCCCGGGAUGUAUACUGGAAGAACCUGUCUAUACCGUUUGUUUCUCUUAGCAUUCGGAAGCUUGUGAUUUCACUAUUGGUGUUUGCAUUGGUGUUUUUUUACAUGAUACCCAUUGCUUUUGUGCAAUCCCUUGCAAAUCUGGACGGUCUUGAAAAGGUUGCACCUUUUCUCAGGCCAGUGAUUGAAUUGAAAUUGAUUCUUGAGAAAACUGAGUCAAUAAAAGAGGAUUGUAACAUUGCUUUCCCAACAUGUCUUUCUUUCAAAAGAACGUUUGUAAGAAAGCAAGAUUUUAUUAGCAUGAAAUUCAUCAAGUCAUUCCUACAGGGUUUCCUUCCUGGUCUAGCUCUCAAAAUUUUCUUAUACAUUCUUCCUACGGUUUUGUUGAUUUUGUCGAAGGUUGAGGGUUAUGUAGCAUUAUCAGUACUAGAGCGGAGGGCAGCAGCAAAAUACUACUACUUUAUGCUGGUGAAUGUGUUCUUGGGGAGCAUAGUGGCUGGAACAGCUUUUGAGCAACUUCAUGCUUUCCUUCACCAAUCCGCUGCCCAGAUUCCAAGAACCAUUGGGGUAUCAAUACCAAUGAAGGCUACGUUCUUUAUUACAUAUAUAAUGCUUGAUGGAUGGGCUGGCAUUGCUAGCGAAAUUCUUCGAUUGAAGGCUCUGGUCAUUUUUCACCUUAAGAAUAUGUUCCUUGUGAAAACCAAAAGGGACAGAGAAAAGGCAAUGGAUCCUGGAAGUGUGGACUUUCCAGAGACUCUCCCAAGUCUUCAACUGUACUUCCUUUUGGGCAUUGUAUAUGCGGUGGUUACUCCGAUUCUUCUUCCUUUUAUACUAGUUUUCUUCGCCUUUGCAUUCUUUGUCUACCGUCAUCAGAUAAUUAAUGUGUACAAUCAGCAAUAUGAGAGCGCUGCUGCCUUCUGGCCACAUGUUCAUGGUCGCAUAAUAGCAAGCUUGUUGUUAUCUCAACUUCUGUUGUUGGGUCUGCUGAGCACAAAAAAAGCUGCAAACUCUACUCCCCUGCUUGUUGCUUUACCUAUUUUAACUCUAUCCUUCCACAAGUACUGCAAGAACCGCUUUGAACCUGCAUUCCGAAAGUACCCCCUUGAGGAAGCCAUGGCUAAGGACACGCAGGACCGCGCUUCAGAACCUAGCAUCAAUUUAAAAUCUUACUUGGCUGAUGCAUACUUGCACCCAAUUUUCCACUCUUUUGAAGAAGUUGAAUUGGUUGAUGUCAAAGUUGAUAAAAACCAAGCUCACAUCCCGAGUCCUUCAGCAAGUGAAUUCAGUUCUCCCUCCCCGGCCCAUUAUGCUGCUUAUCAUCUCGAAGACGAGCCACCCCAUAAUGUCCAUCACUACGAGGUUGAACCACCCAAUAACGUACAUCACUACGAGGUUGAACCGCCCAAUAAUGUCCAUCACUACGCGGUUGAACCGCCCCAUAAUGUCCAUUACGAAUUUGAACCAUAUGGGAUUGUGGAUCACUAUGGACUUGAACAAUCAAGCUAUGUGUAUCAGUAUGACAUUGAGUCGCCCAAUCAUUUCUAUCGUUAUUGAAAUCGACCCUUGAAUUAUUUAGUACCGAGUUGCUUACGUUACAUGAGGCCUUAACCAAUGUUUUAGUUAUUGGAUAGCUUAGCAUUGUCUAACCAUGUCAUGACCGUUUGAAUUGUAAUUAUUGUUCAUCAGUGUGAAUGCAAAUGGGUUAUGAGGGUUUUUUUUUUUGGAAAUUUACUGCUUACUACCCCUUUUUCUCCUAUGCUAUAAAGCUUCCUAUCUCGAUGUCUAUACUGGAAGGACUUGAUAAUAAAAGUUCA